CGACUCCCCGAGAAACCUUGACCAACGUAAACAAUCGCUGAGGGAUAUCAGAGACGAUACAAUGCCCAGGAUCAAGACACAGAGAACGAAGAAGGCGCCAGAGGGAUUCGACGAGAUCGAGUCGACGCUGCUGGACUUUGCGCAGAAGAUGAAAGACGCGGAGAAUGUGUCGCAUGAGGGCAAGCGAAAGAAUGAGGCCUUGUGGGCGAUUUUCCAGAUCUCACAUCAGCGAUCACGGUAUAUCUAUGAGCUGUACUACAAGCGAGAGGCGAUCUCAAGAGAACUGUACGAUUGGCUUCUGAAGCAGAACUACGCUGAUGCGAACCUGAUAGCGAAGUGGAAGAAGCAGGGUUACGAGAAGCUGUGUUGUCUGCGAUGCAUACAGAUGAAGGAGCAAAACUUCGGUACGACUUGUAUUUGUCGCGUGCCGAAGGCGAAGUUGUCAAAAGGUGCACCAGUGGAAUGCCUUCAUUGUGGGUGCAGAGGUUGCGCAUCCAGCGACUGAGCCUUGAAUUGGGUAUGGAGUGAAGGAUUGGGUCAUAUGGGUUCGCAACGGCAACAGCAUCGUGAGGAUCGAUUUGUGGAUUAGCAUGGAACCCGCCCCGCUGGAUUCGGCAAGCUUAAGACGAAGAUGUGCACGGGUACGUUGGGACGUACACUGAAAGCGAUUGGGCAAAAGAAUGACGGAAGAAAAGCUUGUCAUUUCGUCUCAUAUCAAGACCAACUAGCUAUCAGGACAAGCAAAGGCUUAGAAGCUGAAAAGGGUAUUCCAUCUGUCAAAC